UCCCGCUUGUUCCAUCUUGAAAACCAAACACAAUGUCUCUUGCAAAGAAAGCGAAACUUGAGACCACAACACCAAACCCUAACCCUAACUGGCUUGAACUUCCAACCGAUGUAACAUCAAACAUACUCCAAAGGCUUGGGGCCGUAGAUAUUCUCACCAUUGCUCGCAAUGUGUGUCCUUAUUGGUGGAAAAUUUGUAAGGACCCUUUCCCCUGGCGCGAAAUUCACAUGGGGGGUUUCUUUCUCUACCUUCGAGGAUACACAAAUUAUGAUUAUCUGGUCAAGCUUUGUCAAUAUGCCAUUGACCUAAGUUCCGGUCAUUUGGAAAAAAUUGUUAUUUUUAGAUUUGGUGAUGAUCAUCUUCUCAAAUACAUUGCUGAUAGGGCAAGCCACUUAAGAAGCAUACAACUUGAUUCCUGUGAGAGAAUCUCAGAUAAAGGAUGGUGUGAAGUUGCAAAAAAGUUUCCAUUGUUAGAGGAGGUUGUCAUUUCACAUGGCUUCCAAUCUAAUAAAACUCUUGAAGUUAUUGGCCAAAGCUGCCCUCUCUUGAAAUCACUAGCAUUUUAUGGGAUGUCGUUUAACGGCCGGUCACGGGACGAUGACGCAUUUGUUAUUGCGAAAACAAUGACCGGGUUACGCCAUCUAAAUAUUCAAGGAAACCGGCUCACUAAUGUUGGGCUGCUUGCCAUUCUUGAUGAAUGUCCUCUUCUUGAAUCUCUUGACAUUGAAGGAUGUGAUAGUUUGGAUAUCAGUGAAAGCUUGUGGAAAAGGUUGAAUAGUCAGAUAAAAAAUUUACAAAUUUGGGAGGAAUAUUCAGACCCUUAUUAUAAUAACGUUGAACUGGUGUUUGCAUAUGAAGACUCAGAUGGUACUUCUUAUUGGGAAUAUGUUGAGAAGAUUGUUGAUGAAGAUGAAGAUGAAGAUGAAGAUGAAGAUGAAGAUGAAGAUGAAGAUGAAGAUGAAGAUGAAGAUGAGGAUGAGGAUGAUGAAAAUCUCGAUGAUUGAUUUUGAAGUCAAAGCAGAGUUAUAAGUAAUGAGGAAGUUAUUUUACUCAUAUUUUUGGGCAUGGUUUUCAUUUUCAGGUGGAAAUUUGGAUGGCUAUCAUCAUUGGAGAUGCUUGGAUGUUAAUGAUGUUUUAAAGGAAUUUUGUAAAAGACAUUGAACAACUUGGUCUUCGAUUAGUAUGCAUGGUUGUCAUGCUUUAUUUUGGUUAAUGGUUUAUCGACAUACUUUAUUAAUCUCGUAGUUUAUUUAUUUGAUUAAUGACUCUGAAAGUAGUGUUGUAUCCUCUUCGAAGAGGACUAACUUUUAGUGUAAUCAAAAUUUCCAACUGAAAAACUAAGCAUGUUUUGUUCAUCAGUGUGGUUAGUCUAACAGGUAUGUUCACAACUUGGAACUCUUACAUUCAUAUGUUAGUUGCAUUGGCAUGAGUUGCAGUAUGAAAGAAAGAGUGAAAUCUAACUAGAAGCACAGGUUGGGAUUUACUGCCAAUGUAGCUAAUUGAUAAUUGAGUUACUGCAGGUCAGCAAGCUCAUUCCUUUAUACAGUAUAUAGGAUGUUCUUUGCUCCUAGUAACUUUUUUUCAUUUAAAAUAAUAGUAUAUAGUUUUGUAG